AUGUACAGAAUAGAUGUUUCAGAUUUUUAUGACUUCCAAGCAUUCAGAAAUAUGUGUCCAUUUAGAGACUAUAACAAAGCAGUCGAGAAUUUGAAACGUUUAGUCAUUUAUGUUGACUCUGCCCCAGAAUGUUAUGUCAUGAAAGAAUGGGAUGUUGUCUUUAACAAACCAAGAGCAACAAUAGUGUCUGAACAAGAAUGUAGACAGAAACUUAAGAAAAUAAAAGUUGUACAAGUUGGCAUGAAGAUGUUAGAUGCUUGGGAUAUCUUAUUGUCAAAACUUGAAGAUUUUUCAGUUCGUGGUAUAAAGUUUUAUACACCUUCUCCAAACUUCUAUUCUAUCUUCACUGGAUAUAAAUAUGAACAAGUAGAAUGGAAAGAAAAUAUUAUAGAAGCUUGGUUAGACCAUGUCAAAGAAAUUAUAUGCAAUGGAAACGAAAAGGUUUAUGAGUAUAUCUUAUGUUGGUUUGCAAACAUCUUACAACAUCCAAGUGCUAAAAAUGAAACUGCUCUCAUUAUAAUUGGAAAACAAGGAACUGGUAAGAAUACUUUCUUUACAGAUAUUUUGUGCAAACUGUUAGAAGGUUAUUCGAACCCUAAUAUGACAAACUUAGAAAACAUCUGCGGUAAAUUUAACUCUUCAAUUGAGAAUAUGA